CCACCCCUCUCCCCAUCUCCACCAUCCGUCUUGCCUCAUUCUGUUUUUAAUGUUUAAACUGUCUCCAUCAUCCUGCAAUAAUGUGCAUUUUGAAGAGAUAGAUUGCACCUAUCUAUGGAACCUAUACUUUGGUAGCCGCGGUUGAAGAACCAGUGAGGAAUUACCAUUGUUAUCAACAACUUCACUCCAGUGAAACCAAAACAACUAGUGGGAAAAAAAGUACAGAAUCUGUGUGUGUGUAUAUAUACAUAAAAAGAAAAACAGAGAGCUACUUAUAUAUAUAUAUGUAUAUAUAUACAUAUAUGUUUUAUUUGCAAGCUUCUUGUGGAAUUGUAAAUUAAUUCAGCUACAAUUGGAUUUUGGAUUUUAAAAAGAAAACCAACAAGGGAAACAGAAUUGAUCAUCUCUCUAUUCAAAAACUCUCUAAGAUAAAUUGAGUUUCUUAACUGAAGCCCUUUCACAAAAAGAAACUCAGUUCACUUCUCUUUUGGGAUCAUUUUUUAACUUAGUAUUGUUGAAUAUAUAAUAAAUAUAUAUUUCAGCUCCUUUUUUUAAUCUUGAAAAGUAAAAAUUAUAUAUAUAUAAAGAAAAACCCUGACGUAUUUUAAACCUAAAAGAACAACUACUAUUACUUGUAGUAAUAUUAAUACUAUUGCUGUUAUUACAACAAGAAGAAAGAAUAAAAUUAAAGUACAACAGAACAGCCCCGCUGCCAACACCACACAUCAAAAUUGUACAUGGAAUUUGAUCUUCUGCAACUAACCAAUAGCAACAACAACAGAAGUAAGUCAGCAUAAAGAGUCAAGAUGGCAGGAGUUGAAACUGCUGUACGUCAAAUUGAACUAAAAUGGCCAAAUGUACCUGACCAAUUAAUCAAAGGGAACAAAUUCCUUAAAUGGGAAGAGGGUUCUUCAAGUACAACUGAAAUUUUGCUCAGAGUUGACCCCAAGGGAUAUUUCUUGUACUGGAAAAUUGAAGGAAAGGAAGAUGUCGAAAUCUUGGAUUUAGCUUACCUCAGAGAUACAAGAACAGGAAAAUAUGCAAAAAUUUCAAAGGAAAAGAAAGUCAAAGAAGCUGGUACCAACUAUGGUUCUUCCAAUAUUCCACUUGCCGACAAAUCUUUUACAGUUUGCCAUGGUUACGACUAUAUAGAUCUGGAAUGGCUUCAUUUCAUUGCAGAGAACUCGGAUGUGGCAAAGAAAUGGACAGAAGAAGUGUUCAAAUAUGCCUACAACCUGCUCUCCCUAAACAAGAACCAGUUGGGUGAAUGGGAGAAACUUUACUUCAGGUUAACAACAGUAGAAGUGGAGGCUGGUGGAAAGAAAGUCCCUGUCAAAGCCAUCCAGAAAUGUCUUUCCAAAGACAAAGAUGACAGAGGCAGGAUUUCCAAAGCUCUUGAAGGAUGUGGAUGGCCAUCAGGAAAGAACGACUCAAUUGACAUCAAGAAGUUUGAUUUUGACACUUUCUUCAAGUUUUAUCUAUCAUUGCUCAGUCGGUCUGAAAUUGAUGGCAUCUUCAAAGAACUAUCCCAGAACAAAGGCAACAUCAAUACCGAGAUGUUCAGAGACUUCCUCAACGAAAUGCAGAGACAUCCAAGCUUACACAAGACCCUUUUCCCUCUUUACACAGAUGCUCAAUGUCUGAGUUUGAUUGCAGAAUAUGAAUCUGCUGUCAACAAGAAAGGAAAAAAAAAAGGUCAGCUGACAAAAGAAGGAUUGCUGUAUUUCCUUAUGUGUGAAGAAAAUAAUCUUACCCCAAUGCAUCGGUUGGAUCUGGGGGCCAACAUGAAGCUGCCCCUUGCGGCUUACUACAUCAAUUCUUCCCACAACACCUACUUGACAGGGCACCAGUUGACUGGAAAGUCUUCAGUGGAAAUAUACCGUCAAGUUUUGCUUACCGGAUGUCGUUGUCUGGAAUUGGAUUGUUGGGAUGGAAAAGAUGGAGAACCAAUCAUCACUCACGGCUUCACAAUGUGUACUGAAGUAGCUUUCAGGGAUGUUGUUGAAGCCAUUGCAGAGUCAGCCUUUAAAGUAUCAGAGUAUCCUGUGAUAUUGUCAUUUGAAAACCAUUGUUCAGUAAAACAACAACAAUUACUAGCAAAAUAUUGCUGUGAAGCAUUUGGAGAGUUACUGUUGCAGAAAUCUUUGGACUCAUUCCCACUUAAACCCGGUAUUCAACUACCAUCACCACAUGACCUCAAGAAGAAGAUUUUGAUUAAGAAUAAGAAAGUACACAAAGGUGGAGAUGAUGAUGACAUGGCUGGCCUAACAGAUGAAGAAAAGAAGAAAAUUGAGAAAGAAAAGAAAGAUGCGGGAACUGCUGCUAAAGAAGCUGAAGCCGCUGAAGAAAUGUCUGCCCUUGUCAACUAUAUCCAACCAGUUCAUUUCACAACCUUUGACAAUGCCACAAAGAAGAACAGAAGCUAUGAGAUGUCAUCCAUGGUAGAAACCCAAGCUUUGAACUUACUGAAAGAAGCACCAGAAGACUUUGUAGAUUACAACAAGAGACAGCUGACGAGAAUCUACCCCAAGGGUACCAGAGUCGACUCUAGUAACUACGUACCACAGAUCUACUGGAACGCCGGAUGUCAAUUGGUGGCAUUGAACUUCCAAUGUUUUGAUUUGGCCAUGUGUGUCAAUUUGGGUGUAUUUGAAUACAACGGAUGCUCUGGAUAUAUCGUAAAACCAGAGUUUAUGAGAAAACUGGACAAGAGAUUUGAUCCCUUCACAGAAUCUACUGUCGAUGGUGUAGUUGCCGGAACAGUUGAAAUCAAGAUCAUCUCAGCCCAGUUCCUGUCUGAUAAGAAGAUCUCUUCCUACGUCGAGGUUGAAAUGUAUGGUUUACCAACUGACACAGUCAGGAAGAAGUUCAAAACGAAACCCGUAGUCAACAAUGGUAUGGAUCCCUACUACAACGAAGAAGCUUUUGUCUUCAAAAAGGUUGUGUUGCCAGAUUUGGCUGUCGUGAGAAUUAUUGUGUAUGAAGAAGGUGGUAAAUUUAUUGGACAUCGCCUCAUGCCUCUGGACGGUAUCAAACCAGGUUAUCGUCACAUACCUCUGAGAAAUGAGAGCAACCGUCCUUUGGGUUUGGCUUCUGUGUUUGCCCACAUUGUAGCCAAAGAUUAUGUAUCUGAUGCAUUCGCAGAUUUUGCCAAUGCUUUGUUGAAUCCCAUUGCUUACCAAUCUGCAAACGAAGCAAGAGCUGCUGCUUUGUGCGCUUUUGAAGAUGACCCAGAUGCUGCUUUGGAUGCAGCAACUGCACCGAGCCCUAAGUCAGGUAAAAAGGCCUGGGGAGCUAUCGGCAAAAAGGUCAGUGCUAGUAACAUAGCUGUGAAGGCAGUUGGUAAACCAGGUGGACCUAAAGCUGCUGGUGGACCCAAACCAGCUGGUGGACCAAAACCAGCUGGCGGACCAAAACCAGCUUCUACACCUGCCAGUCCGCCUCCGCCUCCGGCUGCUGCAGAAUCUGAAUUUGUUACCAAUUCCAAAAUGAAAGAUGAUUCUAUUGCAAAACCACUCACCAUGGACAGUGUGAAGCAGAAUAAGGCAUACACAAAGAUCUCUGGCAAGAGAGACAAAGAAGUCGAUUCUUUAAAGAAGAAAAAUGAAAAGGCUCAGUCAAAUAUGAAGACAAAGAUGAAGGGUGAAGAGAGCAAGGUGAAAAGUGCCAACCAAAAGAACGAGAAAAAGGCAGAGAAAAGUGGCAAAGAUGAACAUGAUAAAGUGGUGAAGGAGAAUGAAGAAAAGUUCAACCAACUCCACAAAGAAAACAUGGAUAAAUACCUGAACUUGUGUACUGAACACUACAACGCAGAGGGAGAAAUAUUCAAGAAAUACACCGACUCACUCCACGAAUGUGCCAAAACAGUCAUAACUAACAGCCUAGAGGAACUGAAGAAGAAGUUGCAACAGAUCCAUGACAAAGAGGUGGAAGCAAUGAAUAAGGAACUGACCAAGAGAAACAAGGAGGAACAGAAGGCCGUUGGCAAAGAGACAAAAGACAAGGAAGAACUGGCAAGGAAGAAACGUGAACUGAGUAAAAAACUGAUUGAUGGCAUUGUUGCCGAGAGAAACAAGUUGAAGGCAUUGAAAGAGCAACAAGAAAAAGUCUUGGAUAAGAAUAUGGAGAAUCUAACAAAAGAGUUUGAUAAUGAGAAAACAAAUGCUGAAGCUAAGAUAAAGGAGGAUAUUGAUGGAAAACUGAAGAAAGCUAACGAGACUUGGUCUUGAAUGGCAGAAAACACACUUUUGAAAGAUUAUGAGGAGAGGAUGCGGAAUUUAGCGAUUGAUUUUGCAUUACAGAAAGUCAACAGCAAAGACAACAUCACUGCUAUGUGAAUUUUUAGCCAAAAAGAAAAAAAAAAAAGAAAAAAAACAGAAAAAUAUAUAGGCAGAUCCUAAGCCACCAUGA